GUGGGAAGGCGAUGGACUGGUAUAGGUUUAGCGAUGGAUGGGCAGUCCGUACUUGGUUGUAUGCUCUCGGUGAAGCUGUGUUAUCGGUUGGGCAGUUGGUGGGAAGCUGUUGGCUCUUGUCGAUGAAGAGAAAGAUGAUGAGGGAAGGAUGGUUUUUGGUUGUCAGUGGAGGGUUGCUGGUUGUCAUGAGUGAGCAACAGCUUGGAGGUUUGGUUGGCUGGUUUGUUUUGCGAUGA